AUGGCUUCACAACUGCAAUCACUAUCUCUCCCAAAGCCUUGGAGAAAAACCCCAUUGAUACAUUCUACCAUCCUUUCAAAACAUGCAGGCUGCCAAAUUUACCUCAAACUCGAGACCCUGCAACCCUCUGGUUCAUUCAAGUCUCGUGGGAUAGGAAACUACCUUAUCCAAUCCCUCAACUCCCUCUCCGACCCCGCCGACCGUGAAAAAUUGCAUUUCUACAUUGCUAGCGGCGGCAGCGCUGGUUUGGCAUGUGCAUGCGCAGCUUCUAUGUUAGGCGUAUCAGCAUCAAUCGUCGUCCCCACCUCAGCGAGUCAGUACAUGAUUGAUAAGAUCAAAGCAGCUGGUGGAACUGUGGAACAGAUUGGCGCAUCUUGGGUCGAAGCGGAUACGCAUGUGCGGAACGUGAUAAUACCCACCGCAAAAGAAAGAGGGGAGAUUGCGACUUACGUGCCAGCGUUUGAUCACCAAGAUAUUUGGGACGGGCACGCAUCACUUGUUCCUGAAGUUCUUGAAGAGCUAGAGGGUGCGCCGGAUGCCAUUGUGUGCAGUGUGGGUGGGGGAGGCCUCAUGAGCGGCAUUGUGCUUGGUUUGGAUAGAGCAGAGGCAAGUCCAAAGGUACUUGCUGUCGAGACUGAAGGAGCGGCGUCGCUGGCACUUUCUCUAAAAGAAGGAAAACUGGCUACUCUGCCUGCGAUCACGAGUAUUGCGAAUACGUUAGGCGCAAGGACGGUGGCUCGACAGGCUUUCGUUUAUGCCGGGCGAGAAAAUGUAAAGAGUGUGGUGUUGACGGAUAGAGAUGCAAUGGAAGGGUGUGUGAGAUUUGCAGACGAUGAGAGAAUCAUGGUCGAGGCUGCUUGCGGAGUAACUAUGGCAAUGUGCUAUGGGGGUAGGCUCAAGGGGGCUCUUCCUGAUUUGAGAGAGGAUAGUAAAGUGGUGAUUGUGGUUUGCGGCGGUUGCAACAUUACUGCGGAUAUGCUCACACAGUAUUCUAUGCAGCUUAAUCAGUAG